CACACGCCUUGGUGGGAAAGAAACGGGUGGCGUCGGGUCUUACGGUUGUCGAUAUGACGGGUCUGCCUCACCGCGCGCUAUCUUCUCCGGUGGAAUGUUCAGUCGAGCCGCCUGUGGGGGUACUUAAUGGCACAGCUGAUGCCCGGAGGGAUUAAAGGGAGGUAACCAAAACCAAGCCAGAUACAGUUAGCCUAUAAUGUCAACACAUGAUCUGAAGUUGCAGCAGUCAAGUUGUCAAAGCGGAGUGAAAGCCAGCGUGACUUGCUUUGUCCCAGAUCAGGAGAGAUUGUACACACAAACUGACAAAUCACGUUUUCAGAAUGUAAGUGAACAUGAGAAGUUACAUCCUGGACCAUUGGCUCAACACAUCCACAACAAGAAAGAUUUAGAAACUAGAACUACUGCAUCUUCUCCAUCGUUGCAGUUAACAGGCCAGCAGAAAAGCAGCAGAGCUUUUGUCCUUGCACAUAGUUUUCAGGUAGCUUUGCAGGCUACAAAUAGCGUUUACAGCACACAUGAAGCCGUAAAAAACACAGCUAAUCAAAACCACACAGAGCUAAGGGACGUGCUUUCACCAACGGAGCAAUGUGGCAAAUCAACUGGUGAAUUAUUUAAGAAUAGAGAUGGGCCAAAAGCAAGCUUUGAUGAAGACAGUUUUACCACUCUGCAUCAACAUGGACAUAACACACCAAAGCAGGGACAAAAUACAGGAAUACAACACAACAUAGGCCUUCAUGAACAAAUGCAAAUUGUCCACAACGGCUCACAAAGACAUUGUACUCAACCUGUUUGUGAGGUUCAAACAGAAUUCAAAAAGGAAUCUGGAGCCAACGACUGUAGAAAGAAUGCUGCAACAACUCCACAGUACCACAGUAAUCUGACCUCCUUUGAAGUGGACAAUGGUCUAAAAGCAAGCACUGAUUCCCAGUUUUUUGCACACCAUUCAGAAGUAGUAAAUCCGGUCUUGCCAUUAGACUCUUUUCCUGCUCCUCAUUCUGAUAGUACCCCUGAGCCAGAACCUGGUCUUAUCAAUCCUACAUCAGCUAUGUUGACAUCGGCCCUGGCCUCAGUUCUUCCUCUACCUUGGAGUGGCCGUCUUCGAAGACCCAAGCAAGGCGGCAGCGAAGUACAGCAUGAGCCCCAAGAUUGUGGACAGAAUGCCAACCCAUCUACCUUAUUUUGCCAGGAUCGGCAGCAACAACCGUUUCUUCCUUCCCAGAGGCGACCAUCUGAACACAUGUUGGCCAAUGACAAUGACAUGCAGUUGACUGCAGGAACCAGCUAUAACUCUCCUGACUGGCAAAAAGAGAACAAUUCCCCGAACAUCACAACCACAAUACAGCCAAAGAGACCCAUUAUUAAAUCCUCCUCUGUGGGUAUGAUGUACAAUAAUACAGAUUUGCAUUCUUUUCCCACACCUCUGGACACUCGUCAGGUACCAAAUUUGGCCCAUUCAGAGUACAGAAUAUCAAAAACUGGAGAUGAACAUGAGCCUUUCAAAUCAUUGAGCUCUAAGCCAACAACAAGCAGUCUACUUCUUUCCUUGAGGAGGUCAAAUUUGAGAAGCUCCAGUGCUGAGCUCACACAAUCACAGACUCAGAUGACUAGGUCUGUCAGGUCCCUUACAUUGCCUAGCAGAGUUGUUUUGAAAACUCCAUCAUUUGCCCAUUCUGUUACCACUGAUGACCAAACCCCCGAAUAUCCAGACACUCCUGCAAGAACAGAGGAAAUAGCAGUCAGUCAGUUCCCUUUCUCACAUAGAAUUAAGAGUAGAGUGCCAUUAAGAAAAUCUCUGUUUCUAAACAAACCAGAGACAGAAAUUUCAAAGAGACUAGAAGCUUCUGUUGCCAGAGUAGAGGAGGAACGUUUCCCAAUCUCCACAACCAAAACCGGCCAACUUGGAAUUCUCAGAGCUCAACAGAGUUCUUAUUCAGUGUUUUUGAGGAAAUAUUCCAGUACAGAGGACAUAGAUCCAGCGGAACAAAAUGCUGCCAACAACACCAACCUGCAAAACUCCAAUAUGACCAGACAAAAAGUAAUUCCAGAUACCACAAUUUCUCCCAAAGUCUUAGCAAAGAAUGUUCAACAAUGUGGCUUUAAUGUUCAAAAAUUAAAAUCACAAAGUACACACAAUAUAAUAGCCAGUAGUUCUUCAGGUACAAGCACCUUCACAGACAGGCUUAACUACUCACCCAGGAAAGACUCUUCUGUAGAUGAUACAAGUCCCACAAAUGUUGGGCAGAUAUAUCUGGACUCUAAGAAAUAUUCUCAGUCAAGUCAAAGCACUAUGGAUCUUUCGAGCCCUCUUUCUCCAAGCAGACCUCUCAGAAGUGUAAGAGUACCAAGCAUUUAUUCAUACCUACGGGAGUCCAGCCCAGCUGUGUCCACCCCUUCCCCUUCCACCCCUUCUUCCCACAUACAGAGAGGUGAAACAUCGCCUCCUAAGCAAGAUGGAGGUGUAACACUGCAGGGUGACCGGAAAACAUUACCUUCAAGAUUUUCAUUUGACUUCAACCCAUUUGUGCCACAGGUACAAGCAUUACAAAGAAACUCGUAUAGCUCCAGCUCCCAUAUAGUACCAGCUCAAUCUCUGCCUCCUGAUUUUGGACGAAGAUCAGCACCUCGUCUCAGCACUUCUCCAUAUUCUAGCCUCAUCUCCUCACGACCUACACUCAGCAACACUUUACAAGAACUAUCCUCUCCACCUGUGUCCAAAACUCAUACCCGAUCUACAUCUUAUGAUAUUGUAACCACUCCUGCAGACUUCAUAAAAGGUGAUCCAAGCUCUUCACUGUCUACAUACACAGGCAUAAUAAGAAGACCAAAGGAACAGUUAGCUUCUCCUAACAGAAAACAGAGGACAGCAGUUCAAGAUUAUACAAGCGCCCUAGAUAAUCACAAACCUGCCCAGCCAUGCCUCUUACAAGCUGCACCAGAUACAAGUUUUGUCAUGGAAAGCCAAAGCGCAAAUAUAAGCCCACACCCAAGGCAGCCAGACACAGGCUCUAACAACUUCUGCCAUCAGGAGCAUGAUGGCUUGAUGGAACUUCAGCUUGAUAAGGGUAAUGCUUACCCCAAGCACAGGCUGAGUAAGAAAGAUAAGUAUUUAAUACCUGAUAAGCUCACAGUAGAAAAUGAGACUCCACUGACAGCUGAGAAAGAGAUUCCCGCUGUGCAUAUGCAUGAGAGAUUACAGGAAAUGCAAAGUUCCAAUUCAAAAAAAGGCCUCUUUAGUUCACGAGUUAAGAAAGACAAAGAAGAUGUCUUUUCUUCAGCUUCAUUGCCAGACAAAGAGGUUGUUAGUCCCCAGUAUUUAAAAACCAAAAGACAUUCGCCAGUGUUUAAAACGAGCAGCAGGAUUGACCAGAUGUUAAAUCGCUGGAAACUGACAUUUGGUGUCAAACGUUCAGACAGCUCACUUGACGCACUACCGAAAAAGAACAAGAGUCCCACUCAGCAACCCUCAGAUACUGAGACUUUUGAAAGUCCCAAGACAGAAGAGAAAGCAAGUUCUGAGAGCCACCCGGAGAAUUCUAACUACUCUUUAACAACUGAUAAAACCUCUUUAAAUUCCUUGUCACUACUAACAUUCAAAAAAUCUGAGAAUACAUUAAAUAUGGAUGAACAAAAUAAGUCUACGGCUGAAAUAAAUUAUUCUGGGUGCACACGGGAGGCCCCCAACUCAUUCUUGACCACCAAUAAAUCAUCUUUUGCCUCUUUUGGGUCCUUGUUGCCACGUACAUUAAAGAUAUCUGAGAAAACCUUAAAUAUGGAUUGGCAAAAUAGAUCUACAACUGAACAAAAGGGUUCUGAGUGCACAUGGGAGGCCUCCAGCUCAUCUUUGACCACUGAUAAAGCCUCUUUUGCAUCUUUGUCGCCACUUACAUUAAAGAAAUCUGGGAAUACUCUAAAUAUGAAUUGGCAAAACAGAUCUACAACUGAACAAAAAGGUUCUGGGUGCACGUGGGAAGCCCCCAACUCAUCUUUUACCACCGAUAAAGCAUCUUUUGCCUCUUUUGGGUCUUUGUCGCCACUUACAUUAAAGAAAUCUGAGAAUUCUUUAAAUAUGGACUGGCAAAACAGAUCUACAACUGAACAAAAGGGUACUGGGUGCACAUGGGAGGCCCCCAACUCAUCAUUGACCACUGAUAAAGCACCUUUUGCUUCUUUUGAGCCCUUGUCACCGUUAACAUUAAAGAAAUCAUCUGAGAAUAAAUUAAAUGUUGAUCAGCAAAAGAGGCAUAGCGAUGAAAAUGGAAACCACUCUUAUGGUAGGAGCUUUAGUCCACAUAGGCUAAAGGCCCAAAGUAUGAAUCGUUCUGCCACCUUGCCACAUUACAGAAAAUCCUCUGUCGGUCCCCCAUCACCCUUUUAUUUGUUUGAUUUUGAUUCAGAAGAAAUUCAGGAUGACAAUGUGUUUUAUAGUCCAGUGAGCAAAAAAACAAAUUCACUGUGUGAGUCUGAUUACUUCUCUUCUCUGAACUCCAAGAGUCCCGUGCAGCAAAACCUUGUGAGGUCUCACUUGUCCUCGUCAUGUGCUGAUUUAAAGUAUGGUCUACACAAUGGACGAUCUUUCUCAGUAAACAGUGUGGUUUCAAGCCGCCCAUCAGGUCCUGGACGAAUCUCAACAAGCAGCAUCAGCGACCUCUCAAGUUUGGAUGACUUUGUGCCGAAGGGGGAUUAUACAGUAGUUGACUCUCCAAUGAGUAGUAGCCAUUCUCCAAUCUGUGAUGCCAAAUCUAUCACUGGUAAACAGUCUGAACCUGUAUAUACAGAUGAUCUUGAUCUUGAUCAUUAUGAUGCAGACCCAACCCCACCUCCAUCACCAACUAUGUCCUCUUCACCUCGUCGGAUAUCCCAGGCACCUUCUGUGUCUUCCCCCAUGUGGACAACUCCAGAAAAUCUGUCUCCUACUCGUGGAAUCCUGUCAUCAAGGAGCUACACAACCAGCUUGACUGUUUUUGAGGAGUCUGAUUCUGACACCACAACCGAUGAUGAAUACUAUCUUGACAAUUGUGAUGAUGCUGUAGAAACAGAACUUUAGAGGAGGUAAUUAUGUGUUGUUCAAUUCCAUCAUAUUGAAUAUGUGGUUACAUAUACGCUUAGGGUCUUCUACGAAAUUAGAAACAAUCUAAAUUGUAAUAACAACUAGAAAUCCAGAUUGGAUAUGAAUAGAAGGAAUUAUAAUAUAUCAGAACUAUAAGACCAUGUUGAUUUAAUAUUUUUUGUUAUAAAUUAAAUAUAAUGGGCUUUUUGAAUACUUUAGUGUUUGAGGAUAACAAUUUUUUAUUUCAUUAUGAAUUCAUAUACAAUACAGUACAAUGCACUGUUUCAUUAGGUUUUUUAAGUAUAUUUUCUGGAUCUUAAGGCUUUGAAAUGGUGAAUUCUCACAUCAUUCCUUUUAUUGAGACCUGCUUCCUGUAGGUUAUUGACUGUUUCAUUCACUGUGGCAUUUGAAAGCACAGCAUGUCAGUUACAAUACAUUAUUUUCCUGACAGACAUUCUAUAGUCAGUAGCUGUAAACUAAGAAACUGAACCCCAACUGUUUAACAGAGGUGUUUGAAUUUUUUCAACUCAUACUGCUCCUUUAACAGUCAGAAAAAAAAAUAGAAAAAUUGAAUAUCGGUGCCCCUGUAACACUGAUGAUUCCACAUUAAUUAUGGUUUUAAGUCUGUAAAGAAGAUGAUGUUACAGAAGUCUGCUAUCCAUUUGAUAUUAUUGUUAAAAGUAUGAAAGUGUUAUUGAAAACUGGCUGAUCCUGGCAUAUGCGACAUCUGCUACUUGUUAAUUUGAGGUUCAAACACGGCCUCUCACAAUCUAUGCAAAAGACAUACCACUAGAUGAACUAAGCAUUCUUAAAUAAGACCUCACAGUUCAUUUUAUUUGCUGUAUAAUUUAAUUGUGCUGUUUGUGUGCGUCAUGUUUGUGUGUGGCUUUCAGUGUAAUUUUAAUUGAUCUUUUAUUAUAAUUUUUUUUAUGCAGAGCAGGGGUUGGGGCAUCAUUUCUCCCCUAGAGCCUAUAGGACCUCCAUAAGAUGUUAAGAUGCUCAAUUGCAGCACUGACAACAACACAGUACUACUAAAUGCUGUAUAACAUAGGCCUACGUAUGUAAGGACCUUUUUGUAAGGGAAUUCUUGAAUGUCUUCAUUAAAUCGGUUAUAUUUAUUAACAUUUAAUAUAUUGACUACACUAUAUUUUUCUUAAGGCAUAAGUAGAAGAAUAUUGAUCACUUGUAAAAAAAAAAAUGUAAUAAAUUAUCUGUAAAUGACUAACUUUGCACAUGACUCAAGUUAAACUGCUAUGCUAAACUUUAAUUAGCAAGUACACUCUGUGGUCUAGUAAACUCUUUAAUUCUAAUAACAGAAAUUCCUUAAUUACAGCUCAUUAAAACAGGCCGACACUGUUGCGUGUCAUGUCACAACCUGCCACAAUGAACAGUUAUGACUAUGAAUGAUGCAACUAAUUUGGCCCUCUUGUACGAUCUAUGUUUCAGUAAUGGUUGGCAGGUUUGCGGAAGCAGUAGGCCUGUUCUCUUAAAAAAAAACAUGACUGCCUUCUUUGGCCUUCUUGAGUAUUUUGAGUAUUAUUUUUUUUACGAAUUAAGUUAGUGAGUUAUUCAUUGUCACAAUAAUCCUUCACUUUUUUUUACUUUCGUAACGAUGUAACCUGCUGAAAGGACCACUGAACGAAUAUUUUUGUUAAACGAAUCUCCUACUCCACACGUAGUUCUCCAUUUAAAAAAAAAAGCUUUUGGAUCACGUAUAUUUCUAGCUUUCUAGCAUUGAGUUGGAUGAGUCUGUUUUCACGUUGCUCUGGUAACGGCUGUUGUGGUUGUAAGGCGUGCAUUUGCACCCGUCUCCAUAAUGUCAUACUGUCUAGGCUUUAUGUUCUCGUUUUUAAACUCCCUCAAUGUUGUUUACUCUUUGGUUGCAGUUUUAGCCCCCUCUACGUUUUUUACUUCAACUUGUCGAUGUCAUUGUGAAAAUACAGUUCACGCUUUUGUUUACUUUUCGAUAUUCACCGGAUUGGUUUGAUUUGAAUAUUAUAAGGAUAAAACGCAUUGCCUAUUUAAGCUCCUUCUACCUAUUAAACAUUUUAAUUCAGGUAUUUUUAAGAAUAUUGGCUAUUCUGUUUCUUGAGAAUGAAGAGGACUCGACUGAUCAAGUAAGUAGCAUUUUGUGGUCUCAACAGAAGUGGUUUAUUAAAAACACCUGUCUUAAUUUUGAAUUGAGUAUAUGGUGGAGUUAAAUGUAGCCUAAUAAUCCAAUAAAAUAGUCAUAAUCCUAGUUAAAUAAUCCCAUUUCCCAUACCUAGCCAUGGCAAAAGCUUAAUCAGGGUGCAGAGCUUCAGCCUCAGUUAAACAGUAUACUGUUAUAAAUUAUAACCGUAUAAUAUAAUUUAUAAUAUACCCCCCCAGAAUUGUUCCUUUUCGGCUAAUUGAAAUGUAAAUCCAUGUUAAUGUUUUACAGAAUAAACUCUCGCUCUCUCUCUCUCUCUCUCUUCAUCCUAUAAGCAGCAUGUGCUAGCAUGAACAAGAAAAUUUAACACACAUACUCUUUUGACAGGUAUGAAAUACAGCAAAACAUGCAGACUCGUUACUAAACGAGUGAAGCAAUAGAAAAAAAACUGUCAAUCAUUUUCCCCCCUUUAGCCAUCAUCCAACAGCUCCAGCUGGGGAAACUACAUCAGAGUCUAAUGUCAUACUUGUAGCACAGCUGGAAACUGUUUUCAGCAGAGCAGCCAGGAUCAUCCAGCGAGCAUGAAGGGCACAUGUUGUUAGUGAUCACAGUCAACAUUCAUGUUACUUUUUCUCCGGCUUUGUUACAUAUGACUGAAUGCACAAAUAAAAAGUAGUGCAUACUGUGCCUGUCAUGUGUAGGAUACUGCUGUCUUCAAGCACCUCAAGAAACUAGUGAGCUUCCAUAAUCAAGGGGAUCCACGUCUCCUUCUUAGAUUUAUUAAUCCUGCAGAGGUAAGUUUGUUACAAUGCAUAUGUGAAGCUUAAUUGAG